AUGGAGCCCGCGCCCGGCGAGCCCCGGGGGGGCGGCGGGCCCGAGGCGCUGCUGGGCGAGCUGCAGGCGCGGGUGCAGGACGUGGUGCGCGCCAGCUCGUGGUGGGAGCGCCACGGCGUGGACUGCGCCAUCCUCGCGCUCGGCGUCCUCGCCCUGCCCGCCGGGUUUCUGUGCCUGCGCUCGGAGAAUGUCUUGGUCUUCGCCUUGGGCAUUGCCAUCCUGGGUGUGUGCCACUACACGCUCACUGUCAAGGGCAGCCACCUGGCCACUCACGGUGCCCUCACCGAGUCCAAACGCUGGAGCAAGAUCUGGGCACUUUUCUUCGUGGAGGUCUGCACCGCCUUCACGGCAGAGUAUGCCAAGUAUGGGCACGUGAAGAUGCACCACGGCUACACCAACGUGCUGGGCCUGGGGGACUCGAGCACGUGGCGGCUGCCCUGCCUCAACCGCUACGUCUACAUGUUCCUGGCGCCGCUCCUGAUCCCGGUCAUCACCCCACUGGUGGCUGUGGAGCGGCUGUGCAAGCUGGAGCCCAGGCUGGCUCUGCGCUCCCUGGGGCUCAUCUCCCUGGGCCUCUACUCACACUACUGGCUGCUCCUGAACGUGUCUGGCUUCAAGAGCCCCGGCUCGGCCCUGAGCUGCAUGCUCGUCACCAGGUCCCUGCUGGCCCACCCCUACCUCCACGUCAACAUCUUCCAGCACAUCGGGCUGCCCAUGUUCUCGCUGGACACGAAGCCCCGGCGGAUUCACAUGAUGAGCCUGGGCGUGCUCAACCUGCCCCGGCUGCCGGUGCUGGACUGGGCGUUCGGCCACUCCAUCGUCAGCUGCCACGUGGAGCACCACCUGUUCCCCGGGCUCUCGGACAACAUGUGCCUGAAGGUGAAGCCCGUGGUGUCCCAGUUCCUCCGGGAGAAGCAGCUGCCCUACAACGAGGACUCCUACCUGGCCCGCUUCCGGCUGUUUCUCAGCCGCUAUGAGGAGUUCAUGGUGCAGACGCCCCCCAUCACCGAGCUGGUGGGGCUGCAGUGAGGGUGGGCGACCCUCCCUGCCCCCACCCGGCUCUGCUGCUUCUGCUGCCAUCCCCGGAGCUGGGGCGCGGCCCUUCCCCAGAGGGUGCUGGCAGUGGGUAGAGGCAGGAGUCGGGGGUAUGAGGCAGGGUGCUCCUGUGGGGGCCUGGGGUCACCCGCCUUGCUCACUUCACUGGGCUUUGAGGCGAUCUGGAGGAAAGCCCGGCCCUUGGUUGACUUCCCCUCAGGACUCAACAGCUGGGCCCCUCCCUCCCCAGCUGCCCCUGCUCUGUCUGAGCCUUGGUGGGGCCAAGGAGGAGGGCUGGGGGGCGAGAGGGGCUCUGUGCAGGGACAGGCUGGAAGGGGGCACUGAGAGAGCAGGGUUGUUCCUCAGCUGGGGCCUCCAUGUCUUCCUGUGCCCCUGAGGCUCUGGCUCCUAAGGCGCCCUCCCCCCGGGGCCACAGAGAGCAGGUUCUUUUGGCCAACCUUCCUGGCGUCCCGGCCAGAGAAACCCGCACGAUACUCGCUCAGCACUCCCAGACCACCACAGCCUCUGCGAGACGACAGUGAGCGUGUGUGUUGUGCGGGGAGAGCACACCAGGGGACACAGGGGGGAGUGUCAGGCUCUGAGUGUGACCUUGCUGGCUCGAGGGAACGUCUGCUGUGCUCUCUGAGGUGGAGGAGGGGACCUGCAAGAAUGAUCAAUUCCAAGAGAAGAAUUGUGGGGAGGGUGGCUGAGGCUGGAGGGGUGCCGGGGACAGGGUCUGGGGCGCUGUGGGCCUGCCCACCCCAAGCAGCCAUUUUCGUUACCUGCAGUUCUGCAUUCCUGUACGAGGCCAGAACUGCCUGGUCCGUCAGUUAGGGGAGCCCCACCUUUCACGGUGCCUUUCAAAUCAAGUAAGAGCAGAAAGCCCGAAGGGUGUGCAUCCUGGAAUGCUGGCGGGGGGAAGCUGACCGGCGGGAUGCCUUGUUGAUAAGAUUGGAACCAUGGCAGGGACCUGGGUUAUGGUUUCGAUGACAACCCUUGGUCAUCACGCAGAUAAGAAUUAUCUGGCCAGCAGACUCCUGUCUCCCCAAAGCCCUAGAGGACAUAAGCACAUUUUCCGUUUCACCCGCCUUUUUCUCCUUCCCCACGUAGCCGGUGCUGUAUGAUUACUCUGUCAAUAACAACGCCGGGAGCUGGCUCGCUGAGCAGCGUCCUGCACCGUGCAGCCUGCUCCACGCCUCCUGUUGCUCAGUGUGGUGUUGCCGACCAACAGGGGACAGAUGGCCUUAGAGAGGAGAGAAAGGAGGGAGGAGGGGGAUGGGGCGCAGACGCAGGCCUGGGUUGGCUGUUGCAUCUGGGGGCUUUAGGGAACCGAUGCCAGCCAGAGGGAGGGGACCUCACUGGCCUCAGACUAGUGAGCAGACUUGAGAGGAGGCUGGGAGCUGCCGUGCCUGGGGGCUGAACAGGAGAGUGCAAGGAAGGGCCGGGCUGGAGGCUGAGGAAGAGACAGAGGAGGCCGGAGCUCCUAGUUCAAAACAGGAUUUCUCACCUCCGGCCCGUGGCCGGAUCAUCCUUGGUCAUCGGGGCUGGAGGUGGGAUGUUCAGCAGCGUCCCUGGCUUCUACCCACUAGACACUAGCGGCCCAAGCUGGGACAAUAAAGUGUCUCCAGAUGUCACCAGACGCCAUCCGGGGGCCAACUCAUUGCUGCUGUAGAACAGGCAGGUCAUGUUUGAGCGCGUAAUUGCCUUCUUCAGGGAAGGCCUUAGAACCGGUGAAGGGCAUGUGACCCUGAGGCUGGGAGGCCAAAUACCAGCAAAUGGGGUGGCUGGAGGAGUCAAGUGGCAGGGAUGGCAUUCUCCAUCUACUGGAGAAGCAUCUCUGGAGCGGCCUUAGGUGGCGCUGCAGGGGAGCUGCCACUUACCCUCGUUUGUUCCCCAUUUGUCUCCAUCCUGCUUUCCUCUACCAAAGACCACAGCUCCCGGGGCACCCUCCCUGCCCGUAACUACAGCUCCCACUGGUCUCAACACAGCUCCCUUCUUUUGCUCCUGCAGAGCCUGGUGGGGGGUGGGUUUGAAUUAGUGGCUUCCAGCUGUUGCUGGCUGAGGGGUGCUUCACCAUUUCCUUAAUCCUCCUCACAUGUCUAUACAAAGUUCCUUCAUUCAACUCUCUUCAAUCACCCCUUCUGAGUAUGCCAUCUGUUCCCUGCUGGGAGGCUGACUGAUAGGGCAGAGUUUUGCAUCCAGCAGUCCUCUUGGAAGGAGGCAGCUUGGCAGCCUCCCUGGCCUACUGCCUGGCUGUUACUGCUGCUCUUUUGAAAUGCAUUAGCCUCAGAAAUGGCCUAAGGUCAGGAGUGCGAUUAAUCAAACUGCUAAUUCUCCACAUGGAAAAUGCAAUGUCAGAAAAGGCCCCAUUGCUUAGUCCUGGCUAAUGAUUAAAAUCAUCAGCAAUACAGAACCAAUGAGUCGUUGUUAUUGAUCUGGUCCUGGGUGGGGAGGGGCAGCAGCAGAAGGCCCUGGAACCAGACCUGGCUGUACCGUUGGCACCUGGGAACAAUCACUUGAUUGUUUUGAGGCUCAGUGUUCUGUUACUUUGAGGGUAUUGGCUGAGACUGCUCCGGGCUUGAGAGGGGAAGGGACAGAGACCUUCCAGGGCUCUGCAGAGACCAAAGGUCUAAUUUACAGUAUAUGAGAGGUGAUAAUAUGGCUGACGAUAGCCAAUGUUUCCUCACAGUUUUUUUUUAAAGAUUUAUUUAUGCAUACAAGGGCUGGGGUACAGGCCAGAGAUGUGGGGGGUGUGAGGAUUCACCAGAGACAGAGCACGAAACAGAACAGGCAGACUGACUGAAAUCCACUGCUGAGGGGAGCAGCGGGCGAGACAGGAGAGGUCUGCUGCGCCAUGUGGGAUGCUCCCUGGCCGGCUCCCAGUACAAGAUCGAACUUGUACUGCAGAGGCUGUGGAUUGCUUCACAGAGUGGUGCUUAACCCCUUGCGCCACUAGGGAGGCCCCUCCUCACAAUUCUUAUGGCAAAUGUUUUUAUCUGUGCCAUCUGAUUUUAACCUUUAUGACAAAUUUUUACAUUUGUUCCCCCUCAUACUGGUGUGAGACGAAAUCAGACUUGGAGUCAACGUCAUAUGACUUGUAAAUCACAGGAUUCAAAUCCGUGUCUGACUUGAGAAUCCAUGCUCUUAACCAAUGGACAUACCACUUCUGGGUAGGGAGCCCUUGGGCUUUCUGGGGUGUCUGAUCCUCAGUCUCCACCUCUGCCUCCCACGUGCAAGAAGUAAAUGAUUUGAUCAUUAAUUCUUUAUGCACAUAAAGAAUUUCUUUGCCAGGUGUUAGGUGAGGCUCUGGGGAUACAGGAAUGAUAGUGGGGCCCAACCUCAUGGAGUGCCCUGACUGGGGCAGGAGUUGACAAACUUUCCAUAAAGGGCUAGCUAGUAACUAUUUUGGGCUUUGUGGAGGAUAUGGUAUCUGUCACAUCUAUUCAAACGUGCCAUUGAAGUGCGAAAAUAGCCAUAGAUAAGACAUACAGAAAUGAAUAUGAUUAUGUUGCAAUAAAACGUUUAAAAAUUUAUGUAAUUCCUGCUGGUCACAAAAUAUUGUUCUUUACAAUUUUUAAAGCUAUUUGAGACUGUAAAAAUGAUUAGCUUGCAGGCUUGUGAGUAGAAUUUGUUUUUUUUUUAAAGAUUUAUUUAUUUAUGCAUAUAAGGGUACAGGCCAGAGAUGUGGGGUGUGGUGUGUGAUUCACCAGAGACAAGUAGGGAGCAGAACAGGCAGAUUGACUGGAAUACACUGCUGAGGGGAGCAGUGGGAAAGACAGGAGAGGUCUGCUGUGCCAUGUGGAUUGAACUUGUGCUGCAGUGGCUGUGGGUAGCUUCAUAGGUUGCGUCUUAAAAUCCCUUGUGCCACCAGUGAGGCCCGCGAGUAGAAUUUGACCUGCAAGCCAUAGUUUACCUACUCUUGGACUAGUGGGGGCUGGCAAAAAACACAACCACUUAUUACAACUCAAAAUAGGAGGGAGAGGAAGUGACUAGGAGGGGCACAAGAGUCUUGGUCAUGUUCCACUUCUUGAUCUGGGAGGUGGUCACAUGUGAUUAUUUAUCAAACAGUACUCUUGUGAUUUGUACACUAUUCUGUUAUACUUCAAUAAAAGAUUAUUACAGAUGGAAUGAUGUGUGCAGUGGGGCAACCUGGCACAGGCACAGGUCAGGUUCU